AUGUCCAAAACAUUCUCCCCCGCCGAAGUAUCGACACACAAAGAUGCUGAGAACGGGCUGUACAUAAUAAUCGACCAAGGCGUAUACGAUGUUACUGCAUUCAUAGACGAACACCCCGGCGGCUCCAAGAUCCUGAAACGCGUCGCGGGCAAGGACGCGAGUAAGCAGUUCUGGAAAUACCAUAACGAGGGCGUGCUGAAGAAGUACAGUGAGCGGUUGCGCGUGGGGAGCGUGGGGGAGAAGGCGAAGCUGUAG